GCUUUUGCACACUUCCCCAAUUAGGGCACGGAUCGACGUCAAUUUGCUAUAAUAAGUCGAGCUGUGCGCGGUACAGCCGGCUCAGUGCAAGGCGCGCGCACUGCCGCUUCAUUAACGGGCGCGCUGUAAUCACGGGGUAGUAAUUUAAAAAAAAAAAAAAAACAACACCAACAACUUUGGCUCGCUUUUAAGCAGCUGAGUGUAUCAGCGUGAUGCACCUGCAGCACUGCACUUCGCCAUCGGCCAGAAAUGCGGCCAGCGACUUUCCUGACGAGUUGUUCGCCGAGCACCACCCCGCGCCGUCCUCCGGCGCCGCCCCAGGGAACCACCCGGUUCUAACAAAACUCCCCGUCGAGCUGACCAGCGAAGGAGACGAGAGGAGCGAGCUCGCGCCCGCGCGCGACACCGCCACUGGGUCCGACGCGCAGCGCACUUUGGAUGGGAACCACGCGGAGAAGCGACACGUGCCUGAGCCUGAGCCUGAGCCGAGCCGAGCGCGCACGACCGCCUCCAUCUCCUCGUCCUCCGCGACCAUGUUCUCAUACGCGGCGCAGCACGGACACACGCUGCCGCAUUUCUCUAUCGCCAAUCCGGGUCACUUCGUGGCGCAUCACGCCGUCAUUCCGAACGGGUCUUACGACGGGGUUCUGUCCGGCGCGCCUAGACAGAACUACACGAGCGCCGGGUAUCCAUACGCGCAGGCGUACAGUCAGGCGUACCAGACCGGCGCGUUGUACCCGCUCUCCCCUGCGCACGCGGGACUCAUGGCCGCCAAAGCGCAAGUGUAUCUCUGCAACCGCGCGCUCUGGCUCAAAUUUCACCGGCACCAGACCGAGAUGAUCAUCACCAAACAAGGGCGACGCAUGUUUCCGUUCCUAAGCUUCAACAUUUCCGGACUUGACCCGACGGCUCAUUAUAAUAUUUUCGUGGACGUUAUUCUGGCGGAUCCGAACCACUGGCGUUUCCAGGGAGGAAAGUGGGUUCCGUGCGGAAAAGCGGACACGAACGUAACAGGAAACAGAGUGUACAUGCACCCGGACUCUCCAAACACAGGAGCGCACUGGAUGCGUCAGGAGAUUUCAUUUGGUAAACUGAAGUUAACAAACAACAAAGGUGCUUCAAACAACAGUGGACAGAUGGUCGUCCUCCAGUCGCUGCAUAAGUACCAGCCUCGAGUGCACUUGGUCGAGGUGAAUGAAGACGGGACAGAAGACUCGAGCCGGACAGAUCGUGUUCACACGCUCACCUUCCCGGAAACGCAGUUCAUAGCGGUCACUGCAUACCAGAACACGGAUAUCACCCAGUUGAAAAUCGACCAUAAUCCGUUCGCUAAAGGAUUCCGGGAUAAUUAUGACACGAUUUACACAGCCUGUGACAGUGAGCGCCUGAGCCCAUCUUCUGCUGACUCCCAGCGCGCGCAGCUGAUGCCGGCCAGGUACGCGGCGGCGAGCUCCCUCCUUCACGAGCAGUUCGUCGGCCAUUAUCCGGGUCCAGGAGGGAGCGUGGAGCGCGCGCUCCCGUUCUCUAACAGCCUGGUAGGCACGGAGCAAGCCGAGGACAGAUGGUUUAACAACAGAUUAGAUUUUCCUGCCUCGACUUACGACGCGGCUGAUCUGACUGGCAGCCUGCCCUCCUUGCUGCCCUAUCCAGCCGCUCCAGGGGUCAAAGGUCAGACGCUUUCCGCUACCCCGACUUCUGGUCGCGCGCUUAGUGGCUACUGCGCCACGCAGGCCGGCUGGGAGUCGCGCGGUGCGGGUCUGCCGAGCUGGAUCACGGAGAGCAGCUUUGAGCGCGCGUACCUGUCCGAAGACGGGAGCACGGAGAAGGACGCAACCGCACCGGAAGUGUCCGACGCGAACAAGGACAAGGACGCAGCGGAUUCGGGCUGGACAGAAACUCCGUCUUCGGUCAAAUCAGUCGAUUCAGGCGACUCGGGGAUUUUUGAGCAGGCCAAAAGGAAGAGGAUGUCGCCCCCGGUUUCUGAGGAGCACUCCCCGCUCAAAACGGACCUCCUUACCGCACACGACGGAGCCCGGAAUAUGAACUACUUCACUUUUUAUUCCCAGAGUUAAACACAGACACCAUGUGGGAUGGAUCAU